AUGAAGGAAAGUCCUGGACUGGACCAUGGCUGUAAGACACAGGCAUCAUGUACAUACAAAGAAGAGCCGUUCUCACCAGUGGAAAUAAAAGAGGAAAACCAUUCUGAUUUUGGAGAAUAUGAAGACGAUGAAGACUCAUCACCUACAAAUGCUGGAAAGAUCACACAAGGGAAGAGUUUCAAGAGCAGGUCUGAUCUCAACCCACAUCAGAGAACACACACUGGAGAAAAGCCAUAUCAUUGUUCAGAUUGUGGAAAGACUUUUGCUCAGGCAGGUUAUCUGAAGACACAUCAAAGAACACAUUCUGGAGUAAAGCCAUAUCAGUGUUCAGAUUGUGGAAAGACUUUUACUCAGGCACAUCAUUUGAAGACACAUCAAAGAACCCAUUCUGGAGUAAAGCCAUAUCAGUGUUCUGAUUGUGGAAAGACUUUUACUCGGGCUGAUGAUCUCAAGAAACAUCAAAUGAUCCAUACUGGAAAAAAGCCAUAUCAUUGUUCAGAUUGUGGAAAGACUUUUACUCAGGGACAUAAUUUGAAGACACAUCAAAGAACACAUUCUGGAGUAAAGCCAUAUCAGUGUUCAGAUUGUGGAAAGACUUUUACUCGGGCAGAUGAUCUCAAGAAACAUCAAAUGAUCCAUACUUUUAAAAAGCCAUAUCAUUGUUCAGAUUGUGGAAAGACUUUUACUCAGGCACAUCAUUUGAAGACACAUCAAAGAACACAUUCUGGAGUAAAGCCAUAUCAGUGUUCAGAUUGUGGAAAGACUUUUAGUCAGGCAUGCGAUCUGAAGACACACCAGAGGAUCCAUACUGGGGAGAAGCCAUAUCAUUGUUCAGAUUGUGGAAAGACUUUUUCUCGGGCAGGUACUCUGAAGAUACAUCAGAUGACCCAUACUGGAGAAAGGCCAUAUCAUUGUUCAGUUUGUGGAAAGACUUUUAGUCAGGCACGUAAUCUCAAAAGACAUCAAAUGAUACAUACUGGAAAAAAGACAUAUCAUUGUUCAGAUUGUGGAAAGAGUUUUAUUCAGGCAGGCGAUCUGAAGACACACCAGAGGGUCCAUACUGGGGAGAAGCCAUAUUAUUGUUCAGAUUGUGGAAAGACUUUUUCUCAGGCACGUACUCUGAAGAUACAUCAGAUGAUCCAUUCUGGAGAAAAGCCAUAUCAGUGUGCUACAUGUGGAAAGGGUUUCAAAACCAGUACAGAACUUACUGUCCAUCAGAGAACACAUACUGGAGAAAAGCCAUGUGUCUGUUCAGAGUGUGGAAAGACUUAUAGAUGUUCAUCUAACCUGAAGUCACACCAGAAGAUCCAUACUGGAGAAAAGCCAUAUCAGUGUUCAGAUUGUGGAAAGAGUUUUACUAAGGCAAGUAAUCUCAAGAUACAUCAGAUGAUCCAUACUGGAGAAAAGCCAUAUCAUUGUUCAGAUUGUGGAAAGACUUUUGCUCAGACAGGUGAUCUCAAGAAACAUCAGAUGAUCCAUACUGGAGUAAAGCCAUAUCAGUGUUCAGAUUGUGGAAAGACUUUUACUCGGGCAGAUGAUCUCAAGAAACAUCAGAUGAUCCAUACUGGAGUAAAGCCAUAUCAGUGUUCAGAUUGUGGAAAGACUUUUACUCGGGCAAAUCAUCUGAAGACACAUCAGAUGAUCCAUACUGGGGAGAAGCCAUAUCAGUGUGCUACAUGUGGAAAGGGUUUCAAAACCAGUGGAGAGCUUAAUGUCCAUCAGAGAAUACAUUCUAAAGUAAAGCCAUAUGAGUGCUCAGAUUGUGGAAAGACUUUUUCUUAUGUGAGUAAUCUGAAGACACACCAGAGGAUUCAUACCGGACAAAAGCAAUAUCAGUGUUCAGAUUGUGGAAAGACUUUUAUUCAGGCAGGUAAUCUCAAAACACAUCAGAUGAGCCAUACUGGACAAAAGCCAUAUCAGUGUGCUACAUGUGGAAAGGUUUUCAAAACCAGUACAGAACUUACUGUCCAUCAGAGAACACAUACUGGAGAAAAGCCAUAUAUCUGUUCAGAGUGUGGAAAGACUUAUACAUGUUUAUCUAACCUGAAGUCACACCAGAAAACCCAUGCUCGGUAA